GCUGACUGCCUUCACCGAGCGAACGCGGCAUACUUCAGUGUCCUCAUCUUGUCAUGAAUGAUCCAACACUGCAAAUUCAUUUCAAGGGACAUCGGGAUGCAAUUACUUGUGUCGACUUUAACCCCAACGGAAAGCAACUUGUCUCUUCAUCCAUGGACUCAUGUCUCAUGGUGUGGAACAUCAAGCCUCAGACCCGUGCAUACAGAUUCAUCGGUCACACAGAUGCCAUAUUCUGUGUGCGAUUCUCUCCCAGCGGUGAACUAAUCGUUACUGCUUCGAGAGACAAGACGGUGAAAUUGUGGGUCCCGAAUAUCAAAGGUGAAUCUAUAACGUUCCGAGCACAUACUUCUGCCGUCCGAUGGGUUGAUCUCUCUUCUGACGGCCUCCGUAUGUGCACUGCUUCUGGAGAUAAAUCGGUCAAGGUUUGGAAUCCUCACAGACAGAAGUUCUUGUUUUCACUGAACGAGCACGUCAAUUGGGUACGAUGCUGUCGCUUUUCCCCCGAUUCACGCCUGAUUGUUUCCUGCUCAGAUGAUAAAACCAUCAAGCUUUGGGAUUGUGAAAACCAGCGUUGUGUGCACACAUUUCAUGAAAGCGGUGGUUUCGCAUCUCAUUUGGAUUUCCAUCCCAGCGGUAACUGCUUGGCCUCCGGUGGUACCAAUUGCUCCGUGAAAUUGUGGGACUUGAGAAUGAAUCGUCUGUUGCAACAUUAUAAUGCGCAUACGGCCCCCGUUAACAAGGUCAGCUGUCAUCCAAACGGUCACUUUCUCUUAUCAGCUUCCGAUGACGGGAGUUUAAAAGUGUUUGACCUUUUGGAAGGAAGACCACUCUACACCCUCCAAGGUCAUAACGGACCGAUUAUUGCCGCUGCUUUUUCUGCUUCCGGUGAUCACUUUGCUUCUGGUGGAAAUGAUGAGCAGUUGAGUUGCACCUCCAUCGUCUUACGUUGGCGAAAUCCAAACGCACGGCCUAGCUGGAAAUUGCUCAGGAGCGAUGUAGUAUGUUGA